AUGUCAGGAAUGCAAGGUGUUGGACCUACAUACACCCAACCUGGUAUGGCAACCUUUUCGCCAAAUGCAGGUUUAGUCGGUCGAAGUGUACAAAAUCCAGGCCCAUCAGGCCAAAUGCCUACACUAACCACGAAUAACCAAGCAGCAUUUAGACAAGAGAUGGAUGCAAGCAACCACGAUAUGGUGGGUGUACUUGCUCAAGAGAUGGGUUCAGAAGUUCCUGAAGAACAGCCUAGGGUAGUUGUGGUUAAUAGGGAGCAAAAUGCAUAUGAAGUAGUACAGAGGGUCAGAAGAGACAAUGUGGCAAUAGAAAAUAAUCAAACAACCCUGAUCGAAAGGAUCAUGGCUAAUAAUGGCCUUUUUACUGGACUUCGACGUCCAAACUAUACCUCCCCUGUAGCAGACUAUAUUUUGCAAACUGAACUACCAAGAGGUACCAAAGUACCCAAAUUUACAAAAAAUUUAGGGGAAACUGGUGAAUCGACUAUGGAACACAUAGCCCGAUAUUUGACGGAGGCUGGUGAUCUAGAGAAUAGUGAGAAUUUUAGAGUCAAAUAUUUUCCUAGUUCGUUAACAAAAAAUGCUUUUACAUGGUUCACCACCUUACCUCCAAACUCUAUAGAUACUUGGGCUCAUUUAGAGAGAUUGUUCCACAGACAUUUCUACAUGGGACAAACCAAGAAUAGUUUGAAAGAACUGUUGGCAGAUAGAGUUCGACAAGUCGAACGACUAAAAGCUGAAAAGGCCAGGGCAUAUAAGAAUUACAAGAAAGAGAGAGUAGCCUAUGUUGAACCUGAAGACAUCGAAGUCGAAACCUUAGAUGAUUCAUAUGGCUUUGAUGAAGUCGAAAUAGAUUUGGCCAAAUUAAAAGAGGCACCCCCAUAUUCUUGUAAGUUGCUCACCCACUCUAAUGGAAAAAAUCCUGUCGAACCUGACAAAAGUGAUUAA